ACGUAAGUCGUCUAUGUUUGAUAGCAAGUUUAUCAAUUGAUAUGUGUAUACGUAAUUAAAUCGGACGCGAUAUUGUUGCAUAGUGAUAAUAAAUCAGUGUCCUUCGCUAAACGAAACAGUUUAUCUAAAGGUGCUCGCUAAGUAACGUGAAAAUGGCGGACCAACAAGGAGGUAUAGGCUCUCAAAUCGGUAAAGCCGUCACGAAAAAACUAUCGGACUCUAUCAAGAACAUGGAUGUAUUAGGUUUGCUACAGAAUAUUGUAGCUAUGACUCCAGAGGACGAGGAAUCAGAAGAAAUAAGAGAGAAACUGCAAGGUGUUAUGAAACAGUAUAACGAAAUGCCUGAAGAAGAAAAAGUUUUAUUCGCGAAUCAAUUGAAAGAUGCGUUAGCAACAAAGUUGCAGAUGAAAUUGGAUAACACUCCAUUUGAUUUGAGCGGAGUGGAUGCAGCGAUCAGUCGAGCUAUUUAUGUACAAGUGGUAUUGUACGGACUUGCAGCUUUGUUUUUAUUAAUUCUUAUCGUGUUCUUCGGCUACAAAUUGUACAAGUCGAUAAAAGACAAAGAGAAGAAACGGGAGGAAAAGAAGAAAGCUAAGCAAAUGAAAAAGAAGAAAUAAGAACAUUUUACAACCGACGAUUAAGUUACUGAAGUUAAGUUAGGAAACGACAAGUUGCCUGAAAUAUUAUGAACGGAUAUUGAUUCUGAUGUGUCGCCGGCAAAUCGCUAAACCCACCAGUUUGUAAUUUGUUUAGGCAAAUAUAAAGUAGCAAAACCGCACGUUGAAUAAAUUCACAAAAUGACGUUUUGUCAAUUUGUAAAAAUCAUUUUACCAGCGCGGCUGUUAUAUUUUUCUAUGCAGUACAGGAUGGGUAGGGGAAGUGGAUUUAACGAAGUAAGGGACGCGUAAGAAGAAAUAUUGUCUUUAUGUUCGUCCUCUUCUCCGUCGAAUUAAAUUAAAAAGGCCAAUGCAACGCCUAGGCAAAUCAAAAAUGAGCUGGAUUUGCGAUCUGCCGGUGACAUAUUUUGAUUUUCAUAAUUGUUUUAAUUUGUGACGUAUAGACAAAAGUUUAUUUUUAUACUUUGUUUAUUAACUUUUGGCAGCUAAAGAAAAACGCAUCAUUUCUCUCUCCAUAAUGUUUCACGCAAAUACUUAAUUUGACUGAAUUAAAAAAAAA